UUCUUCUCGAACCUUCUGGUUAAUACCGGUUCACCCACAAUGCACCGCGCCUCUUCCUUUCUUCUCGGUGGUGUGGUUGUCCAAAAUGUCGCUCCUAGAGGGUCCGUUAAACGUGCUCGGCCAGAGGACAACUGGCGAAUCAAUUCGCACUCAGAAUGUCAUGGCCGCAUCCUCCAUCGCCAACAUCGUCAAGAGCUCCCUGGGACCCGUUGGCCUCGACAAGAUGCUGGUGGACGACAUUGGGGACGUGACCAUCACCAACGACGGAGCAACCAUCCUGAAGCUGCUGGAGGUGGAGCACCCCGCUGCCAAGGUCCUGUGUGAACUGGCUGAGCUGCAGGACAAGGAGGUCGGAGACGGGACCACGUCUGUGGUAAUCAUUGCCGCAGAGUUGCUAAAGAGUGCAGAUGAGCUGGUGAAGCAGAAGAUUCACCCCACUUCUGUCAUCAGCGGAUAUCGUCUGGCUUGCAAGGAGGCAGUGCGCUACAUUAAUGAGAACCUCACUAUUGGAACAGAUGACCUGGGCAGAGAGUGCCUAAUCAAUGCAGCCAAGACCUCCAUGUCCUCUAAAAUCAUUGGCGUUGAUUCCGACUUCUUUGCGAACAUGGUGGUGGAUGCUGCCAUGGCUGUGAAGUUCGUGGACAGCAAGGGGGUGGCCAAGUACCCCAUCAACUCUGUCAAUGUGCUGAAAGCCCACGGCCGCAGCCAGAAAGAAAGCUUCUUGGUAAAUGGAUAUGCGCUGAACUGCACCAUUGGCUCACAAGCCAUGGUAAAGCGCGUUGUCAACGCCAAGAUCGCUUGCCUGGACUUCAGCCUGCAGAAAACCAAAAUGAAGAUGGGAAUUCAAGUCCUCAUCAACGACCCAGAGAAGCUCGACCAGAUCAGACAAAGGGAAUCUGAUAUCACCAAGGAAAGGAUCCAGAAGAUUUUGGCCGCAGGUGCCAAUGUUAUCCUGACCACGGGCGGCAUUGAUGACAUGUGUCUUAAGUACUUUGUGGAUGUAGGAGCCAUGGCAGUGAGGAGGGUUCUCAAAAAGGACCUCAAACGCAUCGCCAAGGCAACAGGAGCCACCCUCUGUCCAUCUCUGACCAAUCUGGAGGGAGAGGAGACGUUUGAGGCCACUAUGCUCGGCCAGGCUGAGGAGGUUGUGCAGGAACGUAUCUGUGACGAUGAGCUCAUCCUUGUCAAGAACACCAAAGCACGCACAUCCGCCUCCAUCAUUUUGCGUGGGGCCAACGACUUCAUGUGUGACGAGAUGGAGCGUUCACUGCACGACGCUCUGUGUGUGGUCAAGAGGGUGCUGGAGUCAAAGUCUGUCGUACCAGGAGGAGGCGCUGUGGAGGCAGCUCUGUCAAUCUACCUGGAGAACUAUGCUACCAGCAUGGGUUCCCGGGAGCAGUUGGCCAUUGCCGAGUUUGCUCGGUCUCUCCUCGUCAUCCCCAAGACACUGGCUGUGAACGCAGCGCAGGACUCCACCGAUCUGGUGGCCAAGCUUCGCGCCUUCCAUAACGAGGCUCAAGUUAAUCCUGAACGCAAGAAUCUGAAGUGGAUCGGUCUGGACCUGGUGAACGGCAAGCCUAGAGACAACCGUCAGGCUGGCGUGUACGAGCCCACCAUGGUCAAGACCAAGAGUCUCAAGUUCGCAACCGAGGCCGCCAUCACCAUCCUCCGUAUCGACGACCUCAUCAAACUGUUCCCCGAGCCAAAGGAGGGCGGGCAGUCGUACAGGGAUGCUGUGGCGUCGGGAUCUCUGGAGGACUGAAGGGCCCGUGGUCGUUCCUGAUCGGUUCAAUGUCUGUAUUUAUACAUAUGAGCUCGCUCUUCAUGGCUGUUGCUCUAGUGUAGGCCGUGCACUUUGCCUGUUAACUGUUCUCCCGCUCCUUUAGGGCUCUUGUUCCCAGAGGAACUGUAAGUGAUUUUUUUUUCCGGACACUUAAUAAAAGCUUCAAUGGUUGUAAAUGGCCACUGAUUUGUUAAUUCAAA